GGCUUGUCGAAGCAUUUCUCCUCUCACCGCAUCAUGGCAGGGAAGAAGGGCCCCGAGAAGCCCAAGGCAGACAUCGCAAAUCUGCAGGUACUACUGGAAGGGAAACAUGCCAUUCAUUUCAACGUCGCCCUGUUGCAGAUAUCUCAGUAUGGCGGGUUUGCGGCACGAAAGGCCAAGGAGAGGGCCGAGCUGGAGCCGUCCAUCGACGUGCUGCUGGAGACCUGCAAGCAGCGGCUCCUGGAGGCAAAGAAGGAAUACAUGGCCGUCACAAGCCAGCUGGGCAAAGGCCAGGCCGCCAACCUCGAUGUCGAGCCCAAAUUCGCUGCCAUGCAGGUCGACAAGAGCCUGCAUGGCGUCUCCCCAACCAUAGAGAGAUGUUUCGAUGAAUGGUGUUUGGUUUGUCUGCAGGCGGCACUUCAGCAGCUGCAGAGGCAAGCCGUCGACGAGUCCGAUGACCGAGCGGCCCUUUCAACCGUGGCCGCAGUAACCCGCCGCUCAGCAACGUACCGGAGCGGCGCACAGGCCGCAUUUAUCGCAACAUUAAGGGCGCUGCUCCAUGACCUCUUGCUGACCACUGACCCGUACCUCUCUCUCUCUCUGAGCAUGGUCAGUUCUGUCCUGCUGCUGUCUCUUGGUCUUUUUUCUUGCAGAGCCAGUCGAUUGGACCACUUGGACAAGACGUUCAGGUGGUAAGUUAAGCUGGCUGGCACGGACGUCUCAUGUGUGAGCCAGGCAGACACAGGCACACACACAUACACGCCCGCAGCUGAUUAUGCCAAGUGUUUCUGUGUGUCUGAUGACAGGUUCAAGAAGGAGGCUGCCAGUUGGGGAGUAGACAUGGAAGGAAUCGCUGCGGUACCGACACAAGCCCGGCACACCGAGGGAUGGAGAGAUGGAUGGCUGGGGGGAUGGGUGACGAUAUCCCUGGUGUGUUCAGGCGGAAUCAGGUGAAGCCGAAGGCCCGACCGAAGUCGGUGCAGGCUUGAAGGAGGGCGAGGGCACAGAAGAGGACCAGCAAGCUGAAGAGGAGUCUGCCGAAGGAAGUAGCGAAUCCGAGGGGCAGGAGGAGCAGCAGCUACCUGAAGAGCAAAUCAAGGAGGACAUCGCUGCAGCUCAGGAAGGUGAAGAGCUCGACCCGUCCCGCUUUCCCGGCAGCACCUUCUAUUCCGCUGAUUGGAAGCAAGAAGAGCUGCCCAGAGAAGAAGAGGAGACCCCCAAGGUUCGACCGAAGAGCCUACUGGCCCGGCUGAUGCCUUCUUUGAAGCCCCUGACGCCGCCCGAGCGACUCCGCCAGGAUUACCGCACCAAAGAGCUGUUUCGGAGCGACAUCCAGCCUGCAGAGGGGCGCUCUCACACGCCAUCCACAACAACGGGCGGCGGGAUGUUCUCAGGCGUCCCAUCCACAGGGCGAUGGGCGCACAAAGGCAUGGCUGUGUCCCGCCCUGAGACAGCCCACAUUGCUCUCACCACUCCUUCCCAGCCGGCGUCUGCUCUCGGGUCCAGGCCGGUGUCUCGCCCAUCUGGGAUGAGGGAGAGGCAGAGGGGCGAAGACGGGACUGUCCUGACGGGCAAAGGGCCGACCGAUGUCGUGCAGUCGCAGAAAUGGGGUGACAACGAGACAAGAAGUCGCCACACACACCACUUUGUCUGUUUUGUCUAUUUUGCCUCCUGUGCAGAUUCUUCUUGGCAGCGAGCGGCUGAUAUCGGGAGGGGCCCCAGGACUGCAAUGGAUACCGGGACCGCGAGACUGCUCUUGCCAUCGGAGUUGUCAGCACUGCGUUGCCGUGGAAACGCCAGAGGCAAACAUUGCGUUCUACUGAUUGCAGGUCUGUCGGCCAGCGGUGGAUUGCCAAGCGGCACGCACAAGUCGACGAGGCCAUGUAAGGAGGAGACACAAACAUGCCAUGGAUGCGGAAUGCCACCGGCUCCCUGGUCCUUCCUCAGUCGCCGAGAGGAGUUCUCUGCCUUCAUGAGCGACUAUGCGUCGAGGCAAAGGCGUCUAGAAGAAGCCAUCAAUCGGUCACACCUCGCAGACAUGAGACACGUCCCCCAAACGCCCAUUCUCUGUCUGUCUGUCUGUCCGUUCGCCCGCCCGCCUGUCUGCCUCUUUAGGCGCAUCGAAGCCAAGCGGUACGGGGCCACCCUGCAGCAGCGGGCCUACAUGAUGCCCCCUGACGCCCAUCUAGACGUCCAUGAAGACAUGGCAGCGCAACAGCGAUACCUUCAGUUGAGGAAGGACGAGGACGAGCGCCAAGGCCGGCAGCAGCGGAGCCAGGAGGACCAGCCCGGCGAGUCGAGUCUGCUCUCGCGGACAGCCUCGAGGCUGCCGAGCGCGGCUGUCAGUCGAAGGAACACCGUGAUGCCUCAGGCCGAAGAAGCAGAUGAGACGGCGAAUGAGUGUGAGCUUGCUGAAAGAGCGAGACAAACAGACACGGGCGCUGUCUCGCCUUCCAAGUCUCAUUCAUUGUUGCUGCUGCUGGUUGGUUGCCUGCGUGGGUCCGUGACAGUCGAUGAGAUGCUGCUGUCUCGCCCUCCACUGUUGAACCUUGUCGGGUCGACUCAGGUACGCUACCUACACCUGUCGCUGUCUGCAAACACAUGUGCAAGCAUGCUUUGAAAGGGACGUUGUGUGUGUGUGUCUUUUCAGCUGGCAGCUCCCACUGAAGUGGAUUUGUCGCCGUCGGCAGCCCAGUCGCCAGAGGCCGCAGACGCGACUGCCAUCGAUGAGUCAGUCAGCAUUCUUUGCGUCAAUCGAGUGGCAGACAAACAGUCCACAUUAAUGAAUCACGCCGGGAUGCAUGUGUGUGUUUUGCUUUGCAGGGCUUCGCGGCCGGGAGUCUCCAUCAAGCCCGGGGAAGACGUGCAGCAGCACGAGUUGAUGCUCAAGAGGCACCUGUACCAGCACCUCAUGGUGAGUCAGACACAUCAAGCAAGCAAUCAUCUCUCUGUUUCUGUGCGCAUGAAUGCACCAGGCGAUCCCCGGCUACGAGCAGGAUGGUUCUCCGCUGUCCCCCCCCUCACUCACGUCACCAUCUCUGGCACCAUACCCACCCAGGCAGCACAUCGACAAACGGCACGACCCCUGUGCUGUCCUCGCCGCGCCCUGCACACUGUGGAGUGCCAAGCACCACCUGACGAAGAAGGAGGACCAGGGGAGUGGAGGUGGCUUGUCGCUUGAUGCCAUCAGGAGGAGGCAGUUGUGGGAGGUGGAGACGGCCAAGCAGAUGAUGGCCAAGAUGGGCACGAUGGUCGACAGUGCCGUCAUUGACAAGGGGCUCGUCAUGCCACUGCACCAGCUCAAACGAGGGUACGCAGGGAGGGAGGGAGGGAGGGAGGGACACACUGCUCGACCACUCAGCCCAACAGCAUCACUGUUUGUGUCUGUCUCUGUGUGUGUCUGUCUGUGUGCCCACCCGCCCACAGUGUGGCUCCUCACACGACUGUGCCCCGUCUGUUGAUCAACCCGCUUUACGAGACCAAGGAAGGAGAAGGCCGGCAAGGGCAAAAAGAAAAAGGCCGGAGGCAAGAAAAAGAAAAAGUGAUCAAUGACCGUACCGACCGACCGGACUGUGCGUUUGAGUGAGUGAAUGAAGAGCCGAGAAGCUCAGCACGGACAGACAGACAGCCAGCCAGACAGACAGACAGACGGACGGACAGACGGGCGUAUGAUCGGUUCAAUUUGGUGUGGCCAUUGUGAUGAAUCCGGGCCAUUGCGUUGGUCUUAGCUGAGUGACGCCACUACGGUGUUAAAGCGUCGG